AUGUCCCCAGCGGCCCCCCGGGCCCGUGGUGGCGGCCGCGUUUCGUCCCGGGGCGCCGCCGCGGCCCGCGAGAUGUCCGCACACAACCGCCGCGGCGACUGGGCGGCGGCGUUGCAGAUCUUUGCCACUGCCACUGCUGCCCUGGGCAACCGCACCCACAACGCCGCCGUAUACGUCGAGGCGAUCCGGGCGCACGGUGCACUGGGUAGGCCGGCGCGGGCGCUCGACACCUUCCAGACGCUGCAGGCCUCCUCGCUGCCGCCCAGCCUGAUCGGCUACACGGCGGCGAUCCGGGCGUGCGCGACGGCGACGCACUGGCCGGUGGCUCUCUCGCUGCUGCAGGACGCGCGCGACGAGGGCAUCGAGCCCGACACCGUCGCGCUGAACGCGGCGCUCGCGGCGUGCGAGCGCGGCGGCCAGUCGGACGAGGCCCUCCUCCUGCUGUCCGAGAUGGAGGCCUCGCCCAGCGCGCCGCCCGACCGAAUCAGCUACAACACCGCCAUCGCCGCCUGCUCGCGCUGCGGCGAGUGGCGGACGGCGCUGCGGCUGCUCGGCGAGAUGGCGGAGCGGGACGCGCGCGACGAGGGCCUGUCACCAAACACCGUCUCGACCAACUGCGCCCUCGCCGCCUGCGAGGCUGGCGGCGCGUGGCGCGACGCACUCGCCCUCCUCGACGAGGCCGCAGCACCAGACGCAAUCUCCUUUCACACCGCUAUCGCCGCCUGCCGCCGCGCGGGUGGUCGACCCGCCGCACGCGCGGCACUCCGACUGCUGCGCCGGAUGCGAGCAGCGCACGUGCGCCCCUCCCUCAUCGGCUACACGACCGUGAUGAACGCGCUGAGCGCCGCCGGCUACGUCCGCCCGGCGCUGCUCGUGUUCCGCGCCCUCUGCGCCGACCAUGACCCCGACGAGCGGGCGGUGCACACGGCCCUCCGCGCCUGCGACGGUGCCGGCCGCCGGGCGGACGGGCUGGCGCUGCUUGCAGAGCUGGCAGAGUCGGGCGCCGCGGGGGAGAAGCUCGCGAGGCGCUUCCGCCCGCUGUGGGACGCCAAGGCGGCGGCGGCGCACAAGGCCCCGGCAGCCGCCGCCGCGGUGGCUGGAGGCAGCGGCAGGGGUCGGGGCCGCACGCGUGGUGGCAGUGGGCGCGGCAGCGCCGCCCCGCCGCAGUGGAGGAGGCGGAGCCGACGGAGUCGGAAAGGGCCGCCGCCGGAGCACGAGGCUGCGCGGGGCGAGUAGCUGUAGCCGCAUCUGUGGAAGGUGCCGUUGGUCUUCAGCAGACACACCGCUCUGGGGGCGCGGCGGUGUGCGACCGGUUCGUGU